GGUAGAAAUUGUUUCAGAUCUUAUAAGAAGUCAAAAGGGUUAUCCCAGAAGCACGAAAAUGAACACGAACUAGUGCGUACAACCUAAGAUACAUUGGAAUUUAUUAGUAUCGUUAUCACUGCACGAGAUUGUCGAAGCCUCUCAGAGAAGCGCAAACUUCGAUCUUGCUUUCAUAAAAAAAAUCAUCUCUUUCUCAGUUCUCCGACUUCUUCUCGGCAUUAUGAAGCCUUCCAAGUCAGAGAGAGGACGAUUCGUCUUCCUCUGUUUCUUCCUCAUCAUCUCCCUCUGCGUCUAUGCCUCCAUCAAUGAAGCUCGAUUCGAUGACUUGUUAAGAUUCACUCGUGGCUGUGCUGCAGCAAAUAAUUCUUCUACUUCCCCCUCCGAUGGCGGCGGCAAUGACAUCCGAAUUCUCAUCGGAAUUCUCACUCUUCCCGACCAGUACCUCAAGCGGCACUUCCUCCGACUAGUCUACGGCAUACAGUCUGUGGAAGGCGCGAAAAUUGACGUCAAGUUUGUCUUCUGCAAUCUAACAAAAGAAGACCAGAAGACUCUGGUGGCUUUAGAAAUCAUGCGACACGACGACAUUAUAAUCCUCAACUGCCCAGAAAAUAUGAACAAAGGCAAAACGCUAACGUACUUCUCCAGUCUCCCGGAUCUCUUCAACGACACCGACCGACCGUACCCUCCGUACCACUAUGUAAUGAAAGCCGACGACGACACGUACUUGAGACUACCCAACUUGGUGGAAUCUCUGAAGCCGUUGCCGAGGGAAGAUCUGUACUACGGGUAUGUGAUUCCGUGCCGGAGCAUGGACCCGUUCGUGCAUUACAUGUCGGGGAUGGGGUAUCUGGUGUCCUGGGACAUAGCGGAGUGGAUAAGGGAGUCGGAGAUUCCGAGGAAGCAUUUCGAGGGGCCGGAGGAUAAGGUAUUCGGAGAGUGGAUGAGGGAAGGACGGCGAGGGAAGAACAGGUUCAACGGGAAGUGGUCGAUGUACAAUUUUCCGGAACCGCCGACGACGUGCACACACGAACUGUGGCCGGACACGAUCGCCGUGCAUUUGCUGAAGAAUCAGGAGAAGUGGAUUCGAACGCUCAAGUACUUCAAUGUUACGGAUAGCAUGAGGCCUUCAAAGUUGUAUCAUAUACCUUAGGUUGCUUAAUCUUCUAGCUUAUUUUUGGUUAAUUAUUUUUGACCAUUUUGUUUAUUGAUUUAUUUUUACAUAAAACUUGAAAUAAGAAGGGUUGGUUUUGGGGUCUGAUAAUGGGUUAUAUUCUUUUCUUACGUUUAUGUGCUGAACAGUAGAUGUGAUUUUUUCUUCAGAUAGAGAAACAGGGUUAGGGAUGGCGAGGACAGAAAUUAUGAAUACAGGGGAGGGUAUUGAGCCUAAAUGGCCCAUGUCUUGUCUUUCUCCCAUUUCCUUUGCACGCUCGUCAAGUAAUGAAAUGGGAAAAAAAUAACUUACAUUAUAUAUACUGUUAUUUUUUUAAAAAAAUCAAAUUUCAACAUGCCAAAACUUAUCCAAUCACAGACAAAACAAUAUUAUCAAUUGCCUUGUACCGCAAUGACAUUAAGCAUCCCUAUCGAGUGUUUUUAAGUGUGGGUUUGCCAGUUUUACCCUCUACAAAUGUGAUGUAUGCUUGAAUUCUUUCAUCUUAAUAAGAGAAAUUACAUUUUUUAGACUC